CUUCUCACACCCUCCCACCUCCCAUCUCAACUCUAUCUGAUUCUACUUCGAAAUUUCCAUUUAUUGUUGCCAACAGAUCGACGAAUAGGUCUAAGCCCCUCGUACUUCGAAAGUUACGUUCAUUGCCGCCAGCAUACCGACGGAUACGAUCCAGAGUCGAGCUCUGCCAAUACAUCAGCGAAUACGAUCAGCGUCGAGCUCCCUAGGAUCUUUCAGUCACUAUGCCGGGCUUUGACUUCUCAAAUCAUUCCAGAAAUUCUGCCCUCCAUGCCAGAGGUGUCCCAUUACCUAAGGCUACAUCAACAGGGACCACGAUUGUAGGAUGUAUUUUCCAGGGUAAUGGGCACGAGGGAGUUGUUAUUGCGGCAGAUACGAGAGCUACAAGUGGUCCCAUAGUAGCAGACAAAAACUGCGAGAAGCUCCAUUAUAUCGCCCCUCAGAUCUGGUGUGCAGGAGCUGGUACAGCUGCAGACACCGAAUUCACCACCUCCCUCAUCUCCUCACAACUCGAACUCCACUCACUUUCCACUGGCCGCAAACCCCGAGUCGUUACCUGCAUGACGAUGCUCAAGCAACAUCUGUUCCGGUACCAAGGACAUAUUGGCGCAUAUCUUGUCGUGGCUGGAGUUGAUCCUACUGGUGUUGGAUUGUUCACUGUUCACGCACAUGGCAGUACUGACAAGCUUCCAUAUGUCACUAUGGGAAGUGGUUCGCUCGCAGCCAUGUCAGUAUUCGAGACGCAAUGGAAGCCAAAGAUGACGGAGCAAGAGGCUAUCGACUUAGCAUCAAACGCCAUCCAGGCCGGUAUCUUCAACGAUUUGGGUUCCGGAUCCAACGUCGAUGUUGCGGUCAUCACGAAGGACAAGACUACGCUGAAGAGAGGUUACAUCAAGCCGAACGAGCGAAGCAAGAAGCAAAAGAGCUAUGUCUUUAAGAGGGGCACUACGGCUGUCUUGAAUGAGAAGAUCAUUACGAGGGAGGAGAUCAGCAAAUAUGUGACAGUUCAUGAGCUGAAGGGUGAUGAGACGGCGUUGGGUGAGAAGAUGGAUCUUGACGUUUAGACGAAGGAUGGGAGGUACUUCGCAAUGUAUUAACAUUCUGGCAUGGGAAAAGACGGCGCAGAAGUCCCACUGUACCAUCAGCACUCGACAAUGCACUCUUCAUGAACUGCCUCGCGAAGAGCUGAAGCUCCAAAACUAUUUUCCCACUAGUUGACCCCGUG